AGGGCAUGAAUUAAGCUAGGGCUUGGGAAAAAAUAACUCUGCAAGCUCAUGAUAGUGAGCAGUUGGCGCAAAAAUUAAGCUAGGGUUACCAAGAUAGAGAGAGCUCCAUGUAUAGCGAUGACAGUGAUUGCGUGGUGCUGGAAGAAGAUCCCGCCGAGUCGGUUAAACCAAGUCACGGCAAACGGAGCUAUGACUCCGAUGAUCUGAUUAUUGUUAGCGAGAAGGGUCCGGUUGCUUGUAGAGAUUAUCCCCAUCCUCGACAUCUUUGUGUUAAAUUUCCUUUUGCUUCUACUCCGCACAAAAAUCACUGUGACCGUUGCCAUUGUUAUGUUUGUGACUCACUGGCUCCAUGUGGCUUCUGGGGAAAUGGAAUUUCGAGAAAGAAUCAUUGUCAUGCCAAUGAUAAGGAUAAGUUAUGGAAAGCCCGUCGAAUAAGUACCAAAGGAAGUGAUGUAAUCCAACCAAGAGUUCACAAUAGGUCCAGUGCUGUUAGUGAUUCACCAAGAGAACCAAUCACUUUUACUGACCGAGACCUCCCAAAGUACCCGCCUGAUGGGGAUGCCUUAGUCAUCAGUUUAUGCAUGAGCAUCCGCAAAGUUGAUGUUAGGAGGAUAUUGGUUGACACAGGGAGUAACGUCAACAUGUUGUACUUCGGUGCCUUCAAAAAGAUGGGAUUGACUAGGCACCAGUUGCGUCUAGACAGACCCCACUUGGCUGACUUCUUAGGGACUUCAGUCGAGGCAGAAGGAUCAAUACUGCUCCAUGUUGAAAUAGGAGAGUAUCCACGAGUGAAAACAAUGGCAAUGGAAUUUGUGGUUGUUGAUUUGGAAAGUGGAUAUAAUGGUGUCCUAGGCCAAUCGGGCAUAUGUGGUCUGGGCGGUGUCAUAUCAGCCCAUCACUUGUGCAUGAAGUUUCAUACUCCCAAUGGGGUAGGAGUAGCUAGAGGCGACCAAGAGAUGUCGAGGACUUGUGAAAGGAUUACCUGCGAGAAUAAGGAUGAGUUACGGAAAGCCCAUCGAAAAAGUAUCAAAGAAAGUGAUGUAGUCCAACCAAGAGUUCACAAUAGGUCCAGUGCCGCUAAUUUUACGCCAAGAGAACCAAUCACUUUUACUGACCGUGACCUCCCAAUGUACCCUCAUGAUGGGGAUGCCUUAGUCAUCAGUUUAUGCAUGAGCAUCCGCAAAAUUGAUGUUAGGAGGAUCUUGGUUGACAUAGAGAGUAAUGUCAACGUGUUGUACUUUGAUGCCUUUACAAAGAUGGGACUGACUAGGCACCAGUUGCGUCUAGACGGACCCCACUUGGAUGACUUCAUAGGGGCUUCAGUCGAGGCAGAAGGAUCAAUAUUGCUCCAUGUUGAAAUAGGAGAGUAUCCACAAGUGAAAACAAUGGCAAUGGAAUUUGUGGUCAUUGAUUUGGAAAGUGCAUAUAAUGGCAUCCUAGGCCAACCGGGCAUAAGGGAUCUGGGCGGUGUCAUAUCAACCCAUCACUUGUGCAUGAAGUUUGACACUCCCAAUGGGGUCGGAGUUGCUAGAGGCCUCCAGGGUAUGUCGAGGUUUUGCGAAAUGAUUGCCUGCGAGAAUAAGGAUGAGUUACGGAAAGCCCAUCGAAAAAGUACCACAGAAAGGGAUGUUGUCCAACCAAGAGUUCACAAUAGAUCCAGUGCUUUUAAUGUUACGCCAAGAGAACCAAUCACUUUUACUGACAGUGACCUCCCAAGGUACCCUCAUGAUGGGGAUGCCUUAGUCAUCAGUUUGUGCAUGAGCAUCCGCAAAGUUUAUGUUGGGAGGGUCUUGGUUGACAUAGGGAGUAAUGUCAACGUGUUGUACUUUGAUGUCUUCAAAAGGAUGGGAUUGACUAGGCAGCAGUUGCGUCUAGACAGACCCCACUUGGCUGACUUCUUGGGGACUUCCGUCGAGGCAGAAGGAUCAAUCCUGCUCCAUGUUGAAAUUGGAGAGUAUCCACGAGUGACAACGAUGCCAAUGGAAUUUGUGGUUGUUGAUUUGGAAUGUGCAUAUAAUGCCAUCCUCGGCCAACCAGGUGUAUGUGAUUUGGGCGGUGUCAUAUCAAGCCAUCACUUGUGCAUGAAGUUUGACACUUCCGAUGGGGUCGGAGUUGCUAAAGGCGACCAGGACAUGGCAAGGAUUUGCGAAAUGAUUGCGUGCGAGAAUAUUGGGAAGAGGUGUCUCCACAUUAAUUCUGUGAUGAGAAUAUAUCCGGUUACCCGGCCCCGAUUUUGUGAUUAAGUUGUAGGAUGUCUUAAGCUCAUCCCCAUAUGUGUGUUGGCAGUUAAAUGAAUACCCGAUCAUGGGCCGCGGUACCAAAAAAGAAGGCUUGGGCUUGUGUGUUUGGUGUAGGGGCGGGCAAACGGGUCCAUGAACCACGGCUUGGAACCGAACUGUGCGGUUCGGAGGGAUUCAUAGUUAUUAAGGCAUUGCUUAGGCGCUAUGAGAUCGACGCCUCGCCUGAAAACACCUAAGGCAAUGAGGAGCACCAUUUUUUUAAAGUAACAUGUGUUCUAUUCGUUUUUUCUUUUUAUAUGGUGCAAUUACAAGGGCUAGGGUGGUCGUGAGG